AAGGUUAAGCGUGCGGCGUACGUUAGCAUCGUCCUGGGAAACCGCCUUCUCUUUUCAGGUCUCAGUGGGAAUUAGAAGAGCACCAGGAAACUGAACUUGUUUCUACUUGCUCCUCUACAUAUGGCACGUCGACGCUCGCCAAAACCUUAAACCCUAGCGGGAAAUUUGCGUACUCUGUUCUUAAUUCUAAAAUGACGAGCAUUAAGCCCUUGCCGGAGGCUGCCCGUAAUUCUAUGCGUUCUGGCAUUGUUUUGUCUGAUCUGACCAGGGUUGUGGAAGAGCUGGUUUUUAAUAGCCUGGAUGCUGGUGCAACAAAGUUAUCAGUCCUUGUAGGUGUUGGUAACUGCUAUGUAAAAGUGGUGGAUAAUGGAUCUGGAAUUUCUCGAGAUGGAUUGGCAAUUGUGGGAGAAAGAUAUGCUACAUCAAAGCUUUGGAGUUUGGCUGAUACGGAUGCUACUUGUGGGGUUUUUGGCUUCCGGGGAGAAUCAUUGGCAUCUAUUUCUGAUAUCUCAUUGUUGGAGAUUGUAACAAAAGCUAGUGGGAAGCCAAACGGGUACCGUAAAAUUAUGAAGGGAUCAAAGUGUUUGUAUCUUGGGAUUGAUGAUGACAGAAAAGAUGCAGGCACAACAGUUGUUGUUCGUGAUUUAUUUUAUAACCAACCAGUUCGGAGGAAAUAUAUGCAGUCCAGUCCCAAGAAGGUCUUACAUUCUGUGAAAAAAUGCGUACUUCGAAUUGCGCUUGUACAUUCAAAGGUUUCCUUCAAUGUGGUUGAUAUUGAAAGCGAUCAGGAGCUUCUGAGUACGCAUCCUUCAUCCUCUCCAUUAUCACUAUUGAUGAAGGGUUUUGGGGUUGAGGAUUUGAAUUCUCUAGUGGAAGUGAAUGCUAGUGAUGGCUUAUUGAAGCUUUCUGGACGCAUAUCUGGUCCUACAAAUGCUUUUUCUGCCAAGGUCUUUCAGUAUGUCUAUAUCAAUUCAAGGCUUGUUGGUAAAGGUCCAAUUCAUAAAUUGCUAAAUCACUUGGCUGCUAGUUUCGAGUGUUUGAGCCCAUGGAAUGGUAAUGACGGGUCUUUAAAAGGGAAAAGAAGCAGGCCUCAAGCUAUUCCUGCCUAUAUUUUAAAUUUGAUCUGUCCUCAAUCCCUCUAUGAUCUGAGUUUUGAAGCUUCAAAGGCUUGUGCUGAGUUUAAGGACUGGAAACCAGUACUCUCCUUGAUCAAGAAGACCAUUGAGCACAUCUGGAGGGAAAAUUUAGCUAUUGGAUCCUUUGACCGUCCAGGUACUAUUAGAAAACAAGCUGAAAUGCACGUGGAAGAUUGGCGGCGAAGCUUAGAAUCUACAAGAAAGAAGCACAAGAUAGAAAAUCAUCAGACUUCUACUCCCAGUCUGUAUUCUCCUUUGGAUGAGUUAAUGAAGGAUGAUGACCAUUUAUUUCAAAGGGAGCAUGAAAGAAGUUCUUGCUGGGAGAAUUGCGAGGAUGCUAUGCUAUUCAAGGGGCAGCUAACUAAGGUGGGAUUUCUGGAUCAGGACUACUAUUCUUUCCAAUCAUGGGAUUCAAUGACCCAAAAGAAUGAGAACUGUCUGUGCAUGCCUGAUGACAACCUAUCAGCAGACAGUUACUUCUUGAAGGAUAAUUUGGCUGCUGCAGGGAAAUCCAACCAUCAAAUCAAAGACAACAUCUUAAGGUCACACUCAACUAAUGAGUCCUUUCAAGUGGAGCAGAGUUUGGAGAAUGGAUCAGGAGGUGGUUUACCUUUUGACUUUCAUGAAUUCGACAAUGGAUCAGAGAUCAGUGAGGAUAUUGGAAAACCUUCUUUGCGUAGUUGCACUUUACGAGGAAGCCUGCCACUUGAUGGGGCUUUAUUUCCAAGUGAGGAGGGAUCUGAAUCAUCUAUUAAUCUUUUGACUGAAAAGAAGUCGGAUUGUUCUGACAAAAAAUCAAAUAUCCUAGGGGUUGAUGUUAAGGACAGGAAUUUUAGUUGUUUCUCGAAGACUUUGUUGGAGGAUGAGUCAUCAUGUGCUUGGCAACAUUCCAGACUCAUCACAGAAGGUGACAUGGCUGUAGAUUCUAAUUUUAUUUCAAGAGCUUCUGCAAAGUCAUUUUUAUCUUACAAUGAUCAUUCUUCUGGUGAGAAAUUUGAUUCAGAUGCACAAGUGAGAAAAAAACCUUGUCCUGGUUUAUCAGGUCCUGAAUGUUGCUCUGGAAAAUUAGAUCCUUUGUUUCAGUCUGAAUGGUGGGAGGCCAAACAUUUCACUGGAAAUGGUGCACUAGGAGGAAGCCCCGGAUGGUAUGAUGGGACUUGCUUGAGGAAUUUUGUAGAUAGUGAAAAUGACUGUAGAUUUUAUUAUGAUACUAUGUCUAAGCGCACAAACCAAGGAAAAUGCACCUCAAGUUGCAUGAAUGUUUACUUUGAUUUGAAGGAUUAUAGUGGCUCUAGGAAAGGUUUCUGUGAGUUUCUUGAAGAAAAAACAGUACCCUAUAAAUCUUCUACCAGGAAUCCUUCUAUGUUAGCUGAUUUUACAGACUGGUUGCAUCAAUCAAGUAGCAAAAAUUGCAGAGAUAUUGACAAGCACAAAAGUCAAAGAGAUGAGCUUAGACAUCGGGACUGUGAACAAAAGCCGUUACUUGAAAAAAUAACAAGAAGCCAUUCAGCUCCUCCAUUUUUUAGGCAGAAGAGGGGUUUUAUCUCCUUAAAUCAUUGUUCGAUGAUAGAUGUAAGGAAAUCUGAUGAUCAUUUUUUUGAAGAUGCCUCUACUCAUGUGCCUGAUAUUUCAAGACAUCUCCAACAACAAUGUUCUGGUUUGCGUCAGUUACAUCUGAACCAAACUUUGGUAGAAGAUGUGUCGUGUUGUGCCAGACCUCAUUCAAAGAAGCUGGAGCUCACAUCAGAGAUGAGAACCAUUGAUGGAUGUGGGAGGUCCCUGUAUUCACCAGCUCAUGAAGCUGCUCCAGUUGAAGUGGAAAUACAGAUUCACUAAAUUCAAGGAA